AUGCUGGAUGAGAACCUUCCCACAUUCUUCGUGAAGCCGUCCACCGAAAACCCCAAAUCUCACUCGACGCUCUUCAUCUCUCAGCAUGGAAGAGAGCCACAGCCCGCAUAUACCCUCCGACAUCUAGACCCAUCGCUACAAACGUCUCGGAAUCGAUACGCGGUCGCCCUCUACGAUGCUUUCUGUCCCGACGCUUUAUAUGGAGAGGUGCUCAUAGUGCCAAAAUGGACGCUGCCAACCUUCUCACAGGAGGCGAUCAGAACAAACGGUGGGGUCCAGCCGCCACCAGAGCCUAUACUGCCCACUGAGUUCACCAUCCAGCUAUAUAACCCAGAGCAACAAAUACUAGUCCGCCAUAAACCAAAGACAUGGAAUACGCCCGCGACAUGGGAGUUUGAGAUGCCGCAGAAAACUUUCCGAGAGCCCUCCAAGUCACAACUUGAUAAGACGCUCACCACACCCGCAACAUCGGACGCCACGUCCCGAUUACGUUUCAACUGGCGGAAAGAUGGCAGAAUGGGGUCCAAAGAACUUGGGUGCUACUUGUCUGGGAAAGUCGUUAGUCCUAAUGGGAACUCCAAGAAAAGCCGAGAGCCCGAUAUUACUAUUGCGAUAUUUGGUGCUUUGAGGGAAAUUACUCUCUAUGAACCAAACCUGUACCGGGUCGAGAUGGAAGAUUACAAAGGGUUAGAGAUUGUUCUUAUGCUGGGGGCCAUGGUUAUCCGGGACGUCUACUCUGGCCCAAUGAAAGAAGCAUUCAACAUUGUCAACCCUCCCUCAAAUCCUGGCAGCCCAAUAGACAGGCCACCCACCACCAUACCCACUAUUCUCUCGAACGGCUCUUCUAAUAAACCUCCAGUGGCUAGCCCACCAUCAAGAACCAAACCGCCCACUCAGCCAGCCACUCAACCGCUUCCUCAACGACCUACUCCACCUCCGCGCCAAAACAUCCCCCCGGCCGACCCUCGCACCCAAUGGGAGCUGGACGCUGAAUCCCGCGUACUCAAACAGCAAAGUGAGGGUGAGAAACGCGAACGUCUUCGAAAGGAAAAAGAUGCCGAAAAACAAACAAAAAAGCUCCUCGAGGUUGAACAAAAGGAAGCCAGGAAGCGCCAAGCACAGAUUGAUAAAGAAACCGAACGACUAAAGAAGCUAUACGGCAAGGAGGAAAGUAAGGUACACAAAUUGCGGCAGAAACAGCCGCCUGCUCCCAGGCCGGCACAGCCACAUUUGCCGGUUCAGCAUCCAUCAAUACCGCCGCGAUCACAGGUGCAAUUUUUAUCUCCUAGACCACAGUCGGUCGUUGGUGGUUUGAGACCGCCACAGCAGCAGCUGCCGCCGCCGCAAUUGAAAGAGAAGAGGAGUAUAUUUGGCUUCCGAAAGAAAGAGCCUAGCGCUCCAGCGAACACCCUUGCAAAAAAAAGGAGUUCAAUGUUUUAA